CAUUUGCUAUCCAACACUCGGACGUGGUGGUCGUAAUUCCGUGUGAUUGUUCGUCCGCAAAGUUCACCUCAGCAGAAAAUUACUUUCAGUAUUCAAUCGGACCGAACGUUUUCGCAGUUAAUUUAAAGUUGGUUGCAUUUAGCUGGCUAGAAAAAAUGUCGGAAAUAAUAGAAAAACGUAAAUUAAGUGAACUGCGAGUAGUGGAUCUGAAAGUAGAACUAGAAAAACGAGGCAAAGACGGAAAUGGAGUAAAAAACGUGUUGGUCGAACGGCUUACUCAGGCUCUGAAAGAGGAAAACCAGGACCCGGAUUCGUUCGAGUUUGAAAUCUGUUCUGGUGGAAAAACUCCAGCCAAAAAAGGCAAACCCACCGCUGCGAGCAGCAAGGCAGAAGGAGGCAGUGAAGCGACAGACAGUGAAGACGCAAAUAAUCAAUCAAGUGGAGAACUCAACAUGGACGAAAUGGUGAUCCAGGAUGAGUGCAACGAGGAAGAAGCCAGUGAAACUAAACCGGCAACCGCAGCUGAGACGGUUCAGCAAAAGUCAGAACCUAAAAAAGAUGAAGCCAAAGAGAAAUCUAAUGAAGGCGGCGCGUCCCAAGAACUCGUUUCUGAUAAAGAUAAACCUCAGGCAUCAUCCGAUAAAACUGACAAGAAGGAGGAAACCAAGGAAACUGAUCACGACGAUUCGCUGAACUUAACCAUCGGAGAGGAAGAUGAAAAACUUCUCCACGAUGAUAGCACGGUCGAAAGUGAGAAAAAGGUUAAUGAAUCCGAAAAAACCGUCACUUCCGAAGAAAAGAAGUUUGACCAGGAUGAUUCUCCAAAUGAGAAAGAAAAGUCCGCAAAUGGUGAUGAUUCAGGUGAAAAUUUGGCUGCCUCGAAAGGUGAUAAAGAGAGCACCGUCAAAACGUCAUCCAGCUCUGCAAAGUCAACUUCCGGUACCGGAGAUUCCAAGCCAUCCAAGUCUUCACCAUCGACAUCAAGUGGCGAAAACAAAUCUACGGUGUCCCGGAACCUGUGGGUUUCAGGGUUGUCUUCGCUGACCCGAGCCACCGAUCUGAAGAUGAUUUUCUCGAAGUACGGUAAAGUGAUUGGAGCAAAAGUGGUGACCAACACCCGGACACCGGGUACCCGUUGCUAUGGUUAUGUGACGAUGGCAUCAGCCAAAGACGCCACGGAAUGUAUCACUCAUCUGCAUCGAACGGAAUUGCACGGACGGAUGAUUUCGGUUGAACGAGCUAAGUCUGAUCUGGGUCCUGCAAAACCGGCACCAGCUGGCGGUGAUAAAACAGAUAAAACAGCAAAUAACAAAUCAGAUAAGACAACCGAACUGAAGGACGAGAAAGAAAAAGAGUCGAAACCUAGCGGCGACAAGAAAGAAGAAGGCGGCAGAUCUCGCAAUGAAAGAGGCAGAUCACAUCAUCGAGGCCGAUCGCCUGUUCGGGGUCGUUCACAAGCAAAAGCCAGAUCUCGUUCACGGGCUCCAGAUGAUAAAUCCAAGAAAUCGGAGGACAGGAAAGAUGACACUAGUACCACUACUGCUGAGAAGAAUGGAAACACUGUUGACCAGGAUGCAUCAAAGAAUCGGGAUCAUCGUAACCGAGGCGAUCGCGUUCGUGACAACCGGAAUCGGGAUCAUCGUGACAAUCGGAAUCGUGACCAGCGGAUCGAUCGUGAUCGGGAGCGUGAGGUGCUGUCAUUGCAGAAAAUCAGAGAAGAACGUGAAAGGCAGAGACUUCGCGAGAAGGAACGUCAGUUACGCGAGGAGGACCGCCGGCGUAGAGAAAUCAGGGCCCGUCAGCGCGAGGAAGAGGACAUGCUCCGUCGGGAACGAGAGAAGCUAGCUUUGGAACGAGCCCGCAUCGAGAAGGAAAAAGCGGAAUUACUACGAAUUGAACGUGAACGUCAAAAGCUGGAACGGGAGAAAAUUGAACUGGAACGUCUGGAGCUUAAGCGUCAGCAAAGGAAAAUUGAAGAGGCGAAACGGAACCUAAAACGUCCAGCCACGGAUCCUUUUGACGAUGAUCGCAAACGAUCAACUGGAACUGAUCGGCGAAAUUUCGAAGCACCACCACCGCCAGCUAUCUCAUCAACUAGUCGAAAUUCGUAUUCAUCCAUUGAUAAAAAACGAAUCGAUGAUUAUCCACCCAAACGAGAUGACUACAAAUCACGUAACGAUGAUUAUCGUCGAGGGGGAGGUGACAGCUUCAAACGUAACGGCGGCGUAAUGGACGACUACAAACGAGAUAUCGAUAGGGCUAUCCCUUCUUCUCUAGACAGUCGUUACGGAGACAGUCGCUCGGGUGGAAACGGUGUCCAGGAUUACCGCGGCAAUGAUGAUCGCGACCGAAAUGGAGGCAGCAUGUCGAAGUCCCGCUAUCUUGACCCAAUCGAUAGCAGAUAUCCGGACAGCCGCGGAGGCAAUACGAGUGGAAGUGGAGGUCCAUGGAGUACGGGACCACCGCAAAUGAGUAUGACAUCCAGCUUGUCGAGCAGUGAUGCUUGGCGACUGGACAGUGGUCCAGAUCGAUACGAUCGUACAUACAAUGAACGGAAGGCACCACAAAUGAACGCAGGCCCUUUCAUUGAUCCUUCCCGACAGAAUCAGUAUAUGGGAGGCAGUAGUAACGGAAGUAGACCCCAGGAUAGGUAUGGGGCACCCGUUUCCGGAAGGUUUGACAAUGGACGUUACUAAUUAAGGUAUUUAUAUAAAAUAUCGAUGGUACAAUUAUACACCGCUUAGUAGUGUAUGUUUGCUUCGCACCAUUUGCGGGAAUGAUUACUAAAAGAAAAACGCAUAAAGGUACACAAAAAUCAAUGAAAGAAAAAAAUUAAAAAAAAUCCUCAAAUUAUUCCCACUACAACAUUUUACAGUAAGACACGUUUUUCAGUCAUGUGUGGCGAUAGGAGUGAGCUGAUCCUAACUCAGUAUGAUUCAUGCAUUCUGUAGUCAUUCUGAAUAGUGAUAAGAUAAUGAGAAAACUGUAUUGAAAUAAAAAUAUUCAGACCUUUAA